AUGGCACAACCCCUGCCGUCGCUGGGUCGGAGAUCAUGGGAUAGGCUUCGACCCGUGAAGCAAGAUCCCCUGGAGAGUAUGGGGUUUGUAUCAAAAGGAGACAAUAGGUCGGCAAUAUCAACCUCGAGGUAUUUGAUGACUGCUAAUCAACCCAGACUUCUCGAUCCCAAGACCCAAGAGAGCUUUUACAACAAGAUUGUCGCUCGCUAUACGCAAUUUUGCACGCGAUAUUCAAGCGACCUGGACAGUGCAUUUGCCUCUCUUUCACUCGAUGAGAGCCGCUCUGCUUCAACGCCAUCACCCUCUGCCGAGCUCUCAACGAUUCUCCUAGCACUUCGAAAACUACGAGAAGGCCUGCUUGCGGGCUCCGCAUCGACUCCCUCCCCUGUCUUUUCCCAGCGAGUACACGUUUUUAACAUUAGAGCUGCAAUUCUCGCUCUACAUCCGCCUGGCUACCAUGCAUCCCUCCUGCAUUUGCUUUUUGUCUUACAUACUCCCGCUCAUCCUCUACCGAGGCCGGAACUGGUCGAGAUGACCACCUAUCUAAUUCUGGAUACGGCAAUCCGACAGAAUGACUUACCUCAGGCUUACGCUUUAAGGUACAAUAGCCGCAUCAAGUUUGGGUUUCAGAGCCGAAUUGUUGAUAGCAUAUUGAAAUCUAUAGUCAUGGCAGACUGGGUCACAUUCUGGCGUGUGCGGCAGAAUGUUGAUGGCUAUGUCCGGGCGAUCCUUUACUGGCACAUCGACCACCAGCGCAAAAUGGUACUCAAAGCAAUUGGGCGAUGUUACUACAAUUGCGACAUCAAAUGGAUCUUGCAAUGCAGCACAGGAGGCGAACUCAGCUGGGAAGAACUGGUCAAACUCGAAGGAGUGAGCUGGAUACGCGAAGGUGACAAGGUGGUCAUCCGAAAGUCGAAGUCGAAUGCCUCUACUUGCGCGUGA